AUGCCGUUCCAAUCGACGAUGACCGCCGAUGAGAAGAGCAAGGUCAAGAACGUCCUCUCAGGGAACAACAAAAUAUUCAUGGCCACAGUUGCGCGUAUAUACUAUGCCCAUCCGGAUCCGAAUUCCUGGACUUUCUCUGGCAGACAGGGCGGGCUGGCCUUCGUCAAAGAUAAGAAUAACGGCCUCUACUAUUUCCGGCUAGUGGACCUUCAGGGCACAACUGGCAUCCUAUGGGAACAUGAGCUCUAUGAGGGCUUCACUCUUAACGAGGACAGGCCAUUUUUUCACUCGUUCGCAGGCGACGAUUGCAUGAUUGGUCUAGUCUACUCAGACGAGAGUGAGGCAGGCUCGAUGAUGAAGGUAGUUACGAAGAAGAAAAGCUCUCUCGGCAAGGCCAAAAUUGAGACUACCAAAAAGAAAUCAAAAAGCGGAAAGAGCGGGAAGAUCUCGAAGUCCAUGAUUUCUGGUCCACAGGCAGGCUCGUUCAAGCAUGUUUCGCACAUGGGUUACGACCCCGAGAAGGGUUUCACUUCUGAAAACGUUGACCCGUCAUGGAUGACAUUCUUACAGCAACUACAGCAGCAUGGUGUCGAUGCCACACUUAUCCAGGAGAACAUGGACUUUAUCCGGGACUUCGUACGCGAUGCACAGGCUAAGAAGCCAAAGGCGAUUCCGAACGCACCUGCUGCAAAGAAGCCUUCACAGAAGCCACCUAUUCCCCCUACACCUGCAUCGCGCAAAAAGUCACAGAAGGGUCCGAAGCCUCCAGCACCACCAGUCCCGCGAAGAGGGGCUCAUGCACAACAGGAUUCAGUAUCAUCAGUGCAAACGCCUGUCGAGUCUCCCGUUCAGGCGAGUCCUGUGCCUCCUCCAGCUCCACCAGCACCUCCUGCGGUUUCCACACCUAUUGCGCCUCCACCACCGCCAGUCCGAGCCCCUCCUACCGCAACGCCGCCUCCCCCACCUCCACCCGUGGCACCUUCUCGUCCUCCUGCUCCUCCAGCUGCAGUUCCGCCACCCCCGCCCCCACCUCAGGCUAGUUAUGUUCCGCCCCCGCCUCCACCUCCACCCGCAACGGCAGCAGUUCCCCCUCCACCCCCGCCACCUCCAGUAACGGGAGGACCUCCUCCACCUCCACCCCCACCACCUGGUGGUGCACCAUCACCUUCGGCAAACUUACCAACUCCUCCGCCUGGCCGUUCCGCGCUCCUUGAGUCAAUCCAAGGCAAGGGUGUUCAUUCAUUGCGGAAAACAGAAGGGCCGAAGGAGAGUUCUCCGCUUGCAGUUGGCCGCGUUGCGUCUCCCGGACCUCAGGCGCCUGGAGGUGGUGCCGUGCCAGCAGCGGAAGAGUCACCUGCUGCUGCAGGUGGUGGCGGUGACCUUGCUGCUGCACUCGCAGCGGCGCUAACCCAAAGAAACAAGAAGCUAGGCGACAGUGAUGACGAAGACGACGAAGAGGAGUGGGAUUGAUGCGGCGGUGCAGUUGUAUUUCGUAACUGGUGCAUUUAGGCGCGGAGCGCCACUAUACGCCUUUGACAGGGCAUGUAACGAGGAAUUGUGGGCCGUUGUACCGAUACGUGCAGGGAAGGUGCUUGUGCAAGCUGUUGUUGUACGCUGUGUUGUAUGUAGGGAUACUGGGGUGGAUUUGCAAUUGGCCAGGCCUGUGCAUGUUAGCGAGGGAGGAGCCCAGGUUAUUUCUAUCAACUUUGUUGUUUGUGUUAUCUGUCUUCAGUUACCGUUGUCCUCUUCCUGUUCUUUCAUUUUCCUUUGUCUUAGCCUCUUAUUUUCAUCCAUUGUCAUUUUCCUGUCGCUGCACAUCACUAGUACAUUUUCGGUUUGCAUGUUUCUUAAUGUAUGUACAUAUUGGACUCUGG